CUCUUUCUCCUCGAAAAAAAAGACAUGACGCCCGACGAAGAAAACGCCGCCCUCGCCACGCCCGAGUACUGGAAUUCCCGUUACACUUCCUCCUCCUCCUCCUCCUCCAACGGUGGUUCCGGUUCCGGCUCGACUCCCACCCACGAAUGGUUCCGCGAUUAUUCCUCGUUGAAACCUUUCUUUCGACGACAUUUUUUUCCGCACUUCCGGGCUGAAAAUGAGCCGAGGAUUGUGCACUUGGGGAGUGGGGAUAGUACGGUUCCCUACGACCUCUCAUCAGAAGAAGGGUAUACCAACCAACUAUGCGUGGACUUCUCGCACACGGUCGUGGAGAUGAUGACGGCUCGUACGAAAGCCGAGGCGGGAAUCGAAUGGCAGUGCGCGGAUGUUCGCGACCUCUCCGCUCUUCUUGCUGACGAGUCGGUUGAUGUGGCGUUUGAUAAGGGGACUUUGGAUGCGAUGAUUCAUGGUUCUCCGUGGAGUCCGCCUGAGGAUGUGCUGAGGAAUACGGGGGGGUAUGUUGAUGAGGUCCAUCGAAUUCUGAAGCCGAACGGCGUGUUUCUGUAUGUGACAUAUCGACAACCGCAUUUCGUCAAGCCGUUGUUGAAUCGAGACGGGAAGUGGAGGGUGGAGAUGGAGGUUCUGGAGGAUGAGAAGGGGGGGUUUGAGUAUUAUGGGUUCGUGUUGAGGAAGAAGGCGGCGGUUUGGUGA